UAUUGGCGCUGCGGCGGCGCGGCUGUCAGCUGAAGGUGAAGCGGGGACGAUGGCGGCCGCUCGGUACUCGCUGCUGAGGGGAUGGCGUUCCCACUCUCAGGCCAGGCCCGGGGGGGUCCUGGGGCCGCUGGCUGCAAAUUGUAGGUACCGAGGAUAUUCAUCUGGCCCUUCGUUAAAUGAAGUGGUCAUUGUUAGUGCGGCCAGGACUCCGAUUGGAUCAUUCAGGGGAUGCCUUUCUGCGUUACCGGCCACAAAGCUUGGCUCAAUUGCAAUAAAAGCUGCCAUUGAAAGAGCAGGGAUUUCUCCAGAAGAAGUGAAGGAAGUGUACAUGGGCAAUGUCCUGCAGGCUGGGGAAGGACAAGCCCCAACUCGACAAGCUGUCCUUGGUGCAGGUUUGCCAAUGUCCACGCCUGCAACAACAGUCAACAAGGUCUGUGCCUCUGGAAUGAAAUCCAUCAUGUUGGCAGCACAAAGUCUGAUGUGUGGACAUCAGGAUGUAAUGGUUGCUGGUGGGAUGGAGAGUAUGUCUAAUGUACCGUUUGUAAUGAGCAGAGAAACACCAGGCUAUGGAGGUGUAAAAUUGGAAGACCUGAUAGUGAAGGAUGGAUUAACAGAUGUCUACAACAAAAUUCAUAUGGGCAACUGUGCAGAGAAUACUGCAAAGAAGCUUAAUAUUUCACGGGAAGACCAGGAUACUUAUGCAAUUAGUUCAUAUACCAGAAGCAAAGCAUCUUGGGAUUCAAAGCUUAUGGCAAAGGAAGUGGUUGCUGUCAGCAUUCCACAAAGAGGCAAACCAGAUCUUGUGGUCAGCGAGGAUGAAGAGUUCAAACGUGUUGACUUCAGUAAAGUACCAAAGGUUAAGGCAGUUUUCCAGAAGGAAAAUGGUACAGUUACAGCUGCCAAUGCCAGUACCUUAAAUGAUGGAGCAGCUGCUUUGGUGCUAAUGACUGCGGAGGCUGCUAAGAGAUUAAAUGUUACACCAAUGGCAAGGAUUGUAGGAUUUGCAGAUGCAGCUGUUGAGCCUAUUGACUUUCCUAUUGCUCCUGCUUUUUCUGCACCAAAGCUUUUGAAAGCAACUGGUAUAAAGAAAGAAGAUAUUGCAAUGUGGGAAAUCAAUGAAGCUUUCAGUGUAGUGGUUUUGGCCAACAUCAAAAUGCUAGAUAUUGAUCCCCAAAAAGUUAAUAUCAAUGGUGGAGCAGUCUCUCUGGGACACCCUAUAGGAAUGUCUGGAGCAAGAAUUGUUGGUCACUUGACCUAUAAUCUGAAGCCUGGGGAGUAUGGCAUGGCUGGCAUCUGCAAUGGAGGGGGUGGUGCCUCUUCAAUAAUAAUUCAGCGCUUGUAAAAUCUUGGCUGGUUUUUACAUAUAAAUGGUGUUCAUAUUUCAGUGUGGCAUAUCUGCACAAUGUAAGGGUUAAGAUGCCUUUUUAUAACUGAACAAUUAUGGUCAAUAUCAAACACUUUUUACACAAAUUUAGCUAUAAUUUACAAAUUAUAUCAGUGCUUGCUUCUGUAGGGCAGAAAAUUUCAGCUGUUACAAACUGUUUUAAACUCACAAAAAUUAUGUAUGGAGUAAAGGCNUUUUUUUAAAUGAACUUUUUGAUUGUACUGACAAGUAUUCAAAAGCAUUAAUCCAAUUCAAACUGUUUGGACAUUAUAGUCUCCUUCACUCAUCUAAACCAAAUAGAAACUAUCUGGUGCUGGUUAACUAAUGCCUCUAAAAUAAUGUUAACCUUGACAUAAUUCCCAUUUUUGAGUACCUGUUUACACACGAUCUUCUAAAAACAAACAAAAUAUUUUGUGAAAUGGUUCCCUUCACUCUGUUGGUUAGACACAUUGGAUGAGCUUUAAAAUGUUCCUUUCUAAAAUAAUAUAUUACAAUUGUGAA